CUCAGUGUGCGCUGGAGAUCAAACUGUCAGAAACACACACUUCCUCACCUCUCUAUAAAGCUCUGAAAUGGCCAGCAAAGCUUUGGUUCUUGUCCUUCUUUUCCUGGAGCAAUCCAUUCCUUCUGAGUGUGCAAAGAUCCUGACUGUGUGCUUAAUAGGAGGUAGUCAUUACAUGCUGCUGGAUGAGAUCUCACAUACCUUCCAUGAGAGGGGACACAAGGUGCGAAUGCUACUACAGAUGGGAACCCCCAUUAUUAAAGGAUUAAACUACGUGGGUCGACCAAACAGUUACCAGAUUACGCAAUGGUCUGUCAGUGAGGAAUAUAUCAAGGAAUACAACAAGUGGUUUUUCGAAAAACAGAAAGAAUUUCUACAGGGCAGGGAUUCACUAAGUGGAUAUAUACAUUUCAUGGGACAACUUGCCCACCAAUGUGAUUAUUUACUUGGGGAUUCAGAGUUAAAGGAGUCUUUGAAACGAGAGAAGUUUGACAUUGCUCUACUGGAUGCUUUUAACCCAUGCUCCUUCCUGGUGGCAGAGUGGUUAGGCUUACCUUAUGUGGCAUUUUUCCCUGGGAAUUUACUAAAUGUGCACCAAAUUGCUCUCCCUAGCCCCCUAUCCUAUGUCCCUGUCUACCGUUCACAACUGUCUGAUCAUAUGGACUUCUGGGGUCGUACGAAGAACGUCCUAAUGUUCCUGUGUUCCAGCAUUGCAGAGAGACACAUACAGGCUCCGUUCCACAGUGUCAUCCAGAAGCACUUCAGAACAGACGUGCAGCCAUCUCUCUCAGACCUUUACAGGAAGGCUGAGCUGUGGGCUUUCAACACAGACUUCUCAUUGGAGUUUCCUCAGCCUCUCAUGCCAAACACUCUUUUAGUCGGAGGGUUAUUGUCAAAGCCACCUGAACCAGUCCCCCAAGAUCUUGAAGAGUUUAUCUCCAAGUUUGGCGAGGCUGGGUUUGUGGUAGUGACUCUGGGCUCCAUGCUGUCUUCUGUCCCACUAUCAGAACUCCUUCAGGAGAUGAAUGCUGGAUUCGCCCUGAUCCCACAGGCAGUGAUCUGGAGGUAUCACCACUCUCAAUGGCCAGAGGAUCUCCAGCCUGCUGCCAAUGUGAAACUUGUAGAGUGGCUGCCUCAGAACGACCUGCUAGGACACCCAAGUGCUCGCCUGCUGGUGACCCACGGGGGGCAGAACAGCCUGAUGCAGGCAGUGUACCAUGCAGUACCAGUGCUUGGCAUCCCACUCUUUGGAGACCAGUUUGAUAACAUGGUGAGGGCUGAAGUGAAGGGUCUGGGAUUGGCACUGGAGGCAACUGAACUGCGAAGGGAAGGCUUCGCCCGUAUCAUGAAGAGACUCAUCACAGACAAACGGUACAAGACUUCAGCCUUGGCACUGAGUGUGAUCCACCGCUCCCACCCCCUCUCCCCAGGCCAGCGUCUAGAAAUGUGGGUGGAACACAUCCUCGAGUCUGGAGGAGGAGCUCACCUACGCACCUACAGUCUGCAACAGCCCUUGUAUCAGCAGUAUCUCAUAGAUGUUAUCUUGGUACUUGUUGCCUCACUGCUCUUGCUGUUGUAUACACUGAUCAAAAUAGGAAGAACUGUGAAUAGGAUGAUACGUAACACAGGAAAACUUAAAUCCAGUUGAUUUGUUAUGUUUGACCAAAAAAAUAUAUUUAUUCACCUUUUUGAGUAACAUAUUUAUUUUUGUUCUUUAUUGAAUCAUCAUGAAACCUAUUGAUUGUGCAUGGCUUUGCCACUUAAUACAAUGAUGUUCAAUUUAUUCUUUGCUACCAAAUGCGGCUGAGCAGAGAUAUCCAAACUAAGGAAAAUCACAGCAAAUGAAACAUAUUGUUGACUUUAGUAACCAGUAUCUCUGGCCCACUCAACCACACUAUGUCAGUGGCUCAACAGGUCAGAAAUGAUUACUACAUUUAAAGUGCAAAACCUGUUGUGUUAACAGGUUUCAUGGUGUUCCAAUGAAAAACCCGAGUCAAAUAAGUACUCUAAAAGGUGAGUGAUUUAUUGGAUUUUGUAAGCCCCUGAAAAAUGAAUGUAAAGAAAAAACAAGCCUACUUAUGUAUGAGGUAAGCAACCUACGGCUAAUGUAAUGUAAGCAGUGUAGAGUAGUGGUUAGGGCUCUGGACUCUUGACCGGAGGGUCGUGGGUUCAAUCCCAGGUGGGGGACUCUGCUGCUGUACCCUUGAGCAAGGUAUUUUACCUAGAUUGCUCUAGUAAAAACCCAAUAGUAUAAAUGGGUAAUUGUAUGUAAAAAUAAUGUGAUAUCUUGUAACAAUUGUAAGUCGCCCUGGAUAAGGGCGUCUGCUAAAAAAUAAAUAAUAAUGAAUGUUGGAUUUAAGUAAAAAUGUGCGGAGAAUUACACUAUGAGGUUAAUUAGAUAAGAUUUUUGAGCAUUUUACAGCACUGUGGAAUCACAUUGUAUUGCAUCAAUUCUCAUAGAAAAAAAACACACAAAGUCAAUGGUUAAGAACAAAAGGGUAGUUACGGACUGAUCAGUUAAAAAAAAAAUGGAACGAAGAUAAAAAAUGUAUUUUAUUCAGAAACCAGUUUGGGUAUAGUAGAUUUUGAUUGUUAUUCUGACAGAUAAUCUUUGUUAUAUGAUGUUAAUACAAUAUUAUUUUUAUACUAACAAUGCAUAACAUUUUAGGAUUAGAUAUUUUUUAUCAGUUGCAGUGACAUACAACUCGACAGCAGCCUGAAACAGAAAAUUAAACACAGAUGUUGUGAAAUGCUUUAGGCAGUCUUGAAUUUUUUAUUUUUUUUAAAUCAAAUUAAGGGAAAUUAAACCCCUCACUAAGUGUAGUCCUUACAACAGUAUGUAAAACAUGACAAGUCUUCCUGGGGGAUGUAGUAAAGAUGAAAAGGAGUCAGUACUACAGACCCAUGUGGUUUGGAGCUCUUUAUAGACCACAAGAAUGAACUGCUUGAGCUUGACUUGGACAAGUUACAUAAACCAUGAGGCUCCGUGGCUUAUUCUCUUUAUACCCUCAGCAAAAAAUAUCUCUGUUGACUACAUUGUAUAGCAUGUGUUUGCAGAAGUGAUACAUGGUUUCUGUUGGUUAACUAACGCAGAACUUGUGGACUGUGGAAGUCCCUAAAUACCUCAGUUUGGGUAUUUCGAAGCCCUUGCUGCUUUUCUCAGAGGAAAACUGUAAAGUAAAAACUGUCCCACCAGAGCAGAGGAGCUAAUAGGUAAAACUCUGUGUCAAACCCCAAAACCUGAAUCGCCAUCACAGAUGGCCAGCUGCAAAGAGAGCCGCAACCCUUGAAAUCACAUUUCUCUGAAGGGACACCCUGAUUGAGUUUGGCAUUUCAUUCUCUGCAAACUAAAUAGUCUGAGAGGCUCUUACAGCUCUGUAUUGUAUGGAAAGCACAUGCUGUUUGGAAGAGCCUUGCAGCUCAUGAAUGGAGCCCUGUCACGCCUCAGUAACGGCAUGUCUCACGUGGGCCCUGAACCUCAAGAUGGUCCCUUAUUGUCACUGUUAUUAUCUCUUAACAGGACUGGGGAGCCAGUUGAGGGUGGUUGGCUUGUGAAGUAAAAAUGUGAACGAGUCUGCCACUGUGCAGUUCAGAGUUCCCAAGCUGGCUUCCUUCAUUCUGCAUGAUGUGAUAUUCCAGAUGGCAUUUAGAUAGGAAGCACGACACAAAUGAGUAUCAUAUAGAGACCAGGGGCCUUUCCUCUUCAGCCCCUUUAUUGUACCUCAGCUGCAAAGUGCCAAUGUUUAUUAACUGAUUUGCAAAGAAUCUACUGUAUGAGGAAUACACAGCAGCUUAUCAAAUGUACAACUACACUGUAGACCAGCUUAGAACAAAUGUACAGCUUGCCAUUAAAUUAAUUAUAAUUAGG